ACCAGCUUUCUCCUCCACCGAGACUUCAGUGCAGUUGAAAACAUGUUAUCGCGCUUCUCUUGACCUGUGCUCUGUUCACUGCAACGUUCAAGCUUUUGGGAGUUCCCCUCCUCGUUUAAGCCUGUUUUCGUUGUGCGAAAUGUUUAAUCUGGAAGGGGGCUGGAACAUUUCUUUCGCCGGUUGUGGGUUCCUCGGUGUUUACCACAUCGGGGUGGCGAGCUGUAUCCAGGAACAGGCUCCUUACCUGAUCCGGGAUGCCAACAAGAUUUACGGGGCGUCCGCCGGAGCGCUCACAGCCGCCGCGGUAGUUUGCGGGGCGCCGCUAGAUAAAUGUUGUGCCGAUGUUAUGGAAGUGGCUAAAGAAGCCAGAAAAAGAAACCUAGGACCCCUACACCCAUCCUUCAACCUGGUGAAAAUAAUAAGGAAUGGACUCUUCAAGAAUCUUCCAGAAGAUGCACAUCAGUUAGCCACAGGCAGGCUCUGUAUUUCUCUUACUCGAGUAUCUGAUGGUGAGAAUGUGCUGUUGUCAGACUUCAACUCCAAGGAAGAACUCAUCCAGGCUCUGAUCUGCAGUGCAUUUGUUCCAAUUUACUGUGGACUCAUUCCACCAUCUUUUCGAGGAGUGCGUUAUGUAGAUGGAGGGAUCAGCAACAACCUGCCUCAAUAUGAAUUGAAGAAUACAAUAACUGUGUCUCCAUUCUCUGGAGAAAGUGAUAUCUGUCCUCGAGAUAACACCAGCAACUUCCACGAACUGCGAGUCACCAACACCAGCAUCCAGUUCAGCUUGGGAAACCUGUACCGACUGACUCAAGCACUUUUCCCUCCUGAACCAAAGGUGCUUGGAGAAAUGUGUCAUCAGGGUUAUAGAGAUGCACUCAGAUUCCUCAGAAGAAAUAAUCUGCACAAAAUUCCAAUCCUUCUAGAUCAUUUGACCUCUGUAGCAUCAGUGACAGUGGUAGACACACUCUCCGAGAAUUGGGACUCGUGUAACAGUGGGAUCCCGUUAUCAUUAGAGAAGGCAGUGAUGGCUGUAGACAAAUCUUCAACAGUAUAUUCCAAAUCUAACAACAAGGCACUGCAGAUAAAGCAUUGGUCAACGGCGCUGGAUGAGAGAAUAAUAGAAAAUCUACCUCCAAGAAUUUGUAAUGCAUUGUAUGAAGCUUGUAAAGAGAAACGUGGCCUCUAUGCACAGCUUAGUAAGCUCUUCCUGGUUAGAAUGGCAUCCUAUGCAAUGCUACCUUACACACUACCAUUGGAGUCUGCCUAUUCUUUUGGCUGUAGAUUGCUGGAGUGGCUUCCUGAUGUCCCAGAAGAUGUUUGUUGGAUGCGUGAACAAUUGGGCAUUAUUGGUGGUGUAAUUUAUCAUCGAGCAACAAAACAGUUUGGACUUCAGCGUCACUGUAGUGCUCAAACAAGUGUUCCUCUGAGAAAAUGCAGUAGUCUUCCAUCACACACAAACCAAUACCAAGCCUACCUCACCUCUCAUGUCUCAUCUGUGGACCUUAACUCAUGGCAUUCUGAGUUCCCCAGUUCUCCAGAAAAAACAUUACAAGAGUCUGCUGUUUUACCAGAGCAGAGUCUGGUGACUUCUGACAGCAACAUGCAUUUCUUCACCAGCUCGGAUAAUUCACCAAAUGUUAAUGGUGUCUAGUUUGGGCUUCAGGAUGAAUGCUGCAAAGCUGCUCCAUGGACCAAUGAAAUGAAAAGCUGUACAAGUGCCGCCUUUUACACAGUGGCGAGAUCUUUACUCAUCCAUAGGAAACCUAGAUCAUCUGCUCUUAAAUUAAUAACAUUAAAGCCACUUGUAAACAUGAUUACGUAGCUCACUUUUCCCAUUAAUGAACUGACUUGUGGAUCUUAAUGCACAGGCUGCCUAUUAUGCCAGGCAGAUUUGUGUUUGAAUCCAAUGAAGUGAAAUCCAGUGAAGUGAAAUUAGUUUCCAUCACAUCAUUGAUCAGCACCAAACUAUUUAUGGUUUAUCAACCUGGAUUGGUAUUUACCAUUUUUAAAAAGUAUUUGUACUUUGAUGUCUUCUAAAUUAUUUAUGUAUUGUAGAAUCUUCUGGAAAUUACAUUUUAAUGUUGAUCCAACAUGUUCAAGGGAGAGAGAAAACAUGACUGACACUCCCAUGCAUUCCUAUCAUUUUAAUUUGUCUGUAAAUCCAAUUUGUAUUUGUUAAU